UUAAUGGGUUACUGUCUAAAAUAGAAAAAAGAGAGUGAAUGUAACAGGCAGGCUAAAUACUCUGUAUUCCCCCAUGUCCAUACAUAUGUAACAAUGUCCUUAACCCAAGGAACCCCAGUUCCCUUUCUAAAAAAAAAUCUCCUCACCUCCAUGUCCAAGAUCUUUGGCUGAGAAGGAGAAGAGCCGCUCUUUCUUCGUCUUCAUUCAUUCUUGAAUACGGUAUACUAUUCCUCUGACAUUGAGGCAUCAAUGGAAAAUCCACCACCCUACCAACCAAAAUAUGUCAUGUUGAACAGUAAUCAUGCAACAAACUUAAGACCUCCUCCUCAGAGGAGGAACAUUCCCCGGUAUCACUCAAAUAAUAAUGGUAAAUCUGGUGGAAAUGGUUGCCUCAGGUGCCUAUGUUGUUGCUUCUGCUUCUGGCUACUCUUGUUCAUCUUUCUUGCUGCUGCUCUUUUUGCUCUUUAUUCUGCAUUGCAGCCUGAAAUCCCUCAUUACAACGUUGAUCGUUUCGAUGUUCAUGCUUUCAAUGUUCAACCUGAUUUUAGUCUCUAUACUGAAUUUGUUGUCACUGUUAAAUCUGAUAAUCCGAAUAUGCAUAUAGGCUUUGAUUAUGGCAAGGAAAGUUCUGUAGUUGUAACUUACAGGGAUUCACCUCUUUGUUCUGGCUCCAUUCCCACUUUUCAUCAACCUCAUCAUAAUAUUUCUCUGAUACCAAUUGUUUUGAAAGGAAAAAGUGAGUUUGGUUCCGGUCUUCAAGAAGCUCUUAUGCAAAACAGAAAUACAGGAAGAAUUCCUUUACUUGUAGAGGUAAAGGCACCUGUCUCUAUUGUGGUUCAAGAAUUACCUUUAAGACAAGUUACUGUCCUUAUCAACUGUUCUUUGGUUGUUGAUAAUUUGUCUCCUAACAAGAAAGCUAAGAUUUUAUCAAGCUCGUAUCAGUAUGGUGUUGAGCUUUAAUUUCAGGCAUCACCCACAUUUUUUCUUCUUCUCCUUCUCUCAGAGAUCAAAAUCAGAGGAAUAUAUGCUUAUUGCGUAACAUUGCAAUUGCUUCUCUAACAAGGUUUUAUAGGAAAAUAUAUAUGCAGAUGUUAGAUUGUAUAUCAUAGGCUAUUAAAUUCUGUGUACGCAUUGCUGCUUGAGGGCAAUGUCAAAUCCUUUAUAAUGUUUCACUCGCUUUAUUAUUGUUUGCACAAUUUAGAAAUAGAAUUUUUUCCAUUCUUUUC